UCAUUGGUCACACUUAAACCUACCGCCUCGCACGUGUAGUCUAUUUUGUUGUUAAAUGCAUUUUUAUUAAAUUUGUUUUAAUCACAUUCAAUUUCGAAAUAUGGGAGCCAAGAAUAAACGGACAAACUCUGAUGCGGUAUAUGCGAAGAAGUCAGCUAAAUCCGGCAACAAAAAUCCGUUUGAAACAAGCAAAGAGCAAACAGCAACAAAAGGCCAAAAUGCCUUUGAUAUCCAUGUCAACAAGGAAAAGUUUCAGAUUCUGGGUAGGAUUUGCAAGCAUGAUCGCGGAAUGCCUGGAGUGUCACGUGCUAAAGCUCUACAGAAACGUGCUCAGACCAUUGGAAAACAAUAUGCUGUAAAGAACAAGACAAACAAAUUCGUAGAUCGCCGAAUUGGGAAACAUCUGAGCGGGGAUCAACUCACCGAGUCGGUGAUGAACGCCCGUUUCCUGGCAGAGAAGAUGUCCCAGGUGCGUGCCUCGAACAAAGCUGAAAGAUACAACCUCAACGACGAUGAAUUGUUGACACAUCGUGGCCAAACACUGGAGGAGAUUGAACAGUAUCGAGACGAGCGUUCUGAUGAUGAAGAAUUGGACGAUGAAGGAUUGGAUGCCGACUUUACAUCUGCUGCAAAUUUUGGAGGUGGCGACGAGGAAACGGCCCAGGAUCGUCAAACGGCAAUUGACAAGAUGAUACUGGAGCAAAAGCGACGCAAGAAUGAAAUUGCCAAGGAAAAGGAUGAAGUUUAUGAUCUUACGGAAAAAUUGGAUGCCAACUAUAAACUGCUCUUGCCUUUGGUGGCUAAGGCCACAAAGGACGACCAAGCGCCAAAACCACCACCAGAUGCCUAUGAUAAAUUGCUGAAGGAGAUGAUAUUCGAGCCGCGUGGCAGUGUCUCGGACAAAUUGAUAAAUGUCGAAGAGCUGGCAAAACAGGAGGCCGAGCGUCUGGAGAAAAUGGAAAAUGAAAGAUUGCGUCGCAUGAAAGCCGAUGGCGAAGAGGACGAAAAAGACGCCAAGGCAAGACCGAAACAUCGUUCAGCGGAUGAUUUGGAUGAUGGAUAUUUCGUGGCCGGAGACGACGAUGAACCAGAUGAUACCUUAGCUUAUGAUUUGGAUGGCAAUUUGGGUACUCAUCUUAAUGGAAAAACGAAUAAAGUUCAAAGCGACAAACCUGGAGAUGACGAGGAAGAUGAUGAUGAAGAGGACGGUGAGGAAGAAGAAGAAGAGGAGGAAGACAGCGAUGAUGACUCUGAAGUAGAUAACUUAAGUGAUCUCAAGGAAUCGGACAGUGAAUCUGACGCAGAAGCGGCGCCAGAGCAAUCGGCCACAAAAUCACCCAAGAAAAAGUCCUCAACUUCAAUAGAGUCUAAAAUAGAAGAUACUACCAUACCUUUUACUCUUAAGAUGCCCAAAACCUAUGAAGACUUUACGCAACUCUUUGACCAAUAUCCUCAGCCUGGCCAGCAAGCAACCAUUGUCGAGCGUCUAAUUAAAUGCCACCAUCCAAAGCUCGAGGGGGUCAACCGUGAGCAUGUGGUCAAACUGUAUUCUUAUCUGUUGCAGUAUAUAAAGGAUCGCUUUGAGGAUGCAAGCGAACAGGAUAUUGGUAAAAAUUUCAAAUUGAUAUCAGGCCUUAUGCCUCAUUUGUAUGACCUCACCCAACUAAAUCCGCUACGCAUGUCCAGCACUUUGCUGGAAGUGAUCAAGGAGAAGUAUGCGGCCUAUCGAAAGAAUCACAAAAUAUAUCCAACCCUGGAUACAUUUAUAUAUUUCAAAUUGGUGGCCAAUAUAUAUUCAACCUCUGAUUUUCGACAUCCGCUGGCCACGCCCACAUACAUCUUUAUACAGCACAUCCUUAGUCGAGCGAGAGUACGGACACGGCAGGACAUUGGAAUGGGACUAUUUCUUGUUACCAUUGCAUUGGAAUUUGGAUCGCUAUCAAAACGUUUGCUGCCAUGUGUUUUUAAUUUCUUGCAAGGAGUUGUCCACAUGUCUAUACCCAAGCGAGAUGUGGAACAAGUUGAGAUCCCGCCACCGUUUGAGACUAUUGGACCUCUGAGCAAACUAUUGGCCAUCUCAUCGUCAACAGCAAAAGAGAGUACAAGUCUGGACGGGCAGAAGCUUCAGGCUGAGGAUCUGGUAACCCAGACAGUUACACUAGAUUUUAGGGUGCGAGCCCUAGACACAUCCCUCUGUUUGAUAAGAGAAACCAUGGAAUUGGUAGCUGAGCAUCCUGGGGCAUGCUAUUUGGCAACGCCUUUCCUGCCACUUCUUAACCGUCUUCCCCUGAAGCUGUACCCCGUUCAUGUCCAUCAACACCACAAGGAGGCGAAGGAAUUGUUAUCACAGUUGGCGGAGCAGAAGCAAAAGCGUCUAGCCCCAGCUGAAAGAAAACCCAAGGCCUUACGUCUCCUGGAGCCGCGCUUCGAAGCUGUCUACGAUGACAAGCGAAGACCAAAGAUGUCAAAGGCCAAGGAGGAGCGAGCUAAAUUAGUUCACAAGAUUAGGCGUGAGAAGAAGGGAGCCAUUCGUGAAAUUCGUCGGGACACGGCCUUUGUGCAAGAGCUUAAACUUAAGCAAAUACUCCAAAGUGAUAAGGAAAGGCAUGAAAAGGUCAAGCGGAUCUACCAGGAGGCCUCUAUGCAGCAAGGCGAGCUCAAUGAAUUGGCUCGUGCCAAGAAGCGCAAAAAGUUUUAGUUUUCUACAAACGAAUAUACUUGUAAAUGUUAGUUAUGCGAUAAAUAUAGAAAAUGUUACAAAUGAA